UCAUUUAAUCAGCCUUUUGGAAGACAUUCAGACAAAAUUACCUAAAUAUCUCUCAGGCUAUUGUUGUGAAGCACUAGGGUGGGAAAGACCCCCGAGGAACCUCUUUGCCAAUGCAGGGAUGAAUGCAACCUGAAAACAAUUCUCUGUGAUGGAUGUGAUCAUAGCAUCACAGAAUCAUUACAGCUGGAAAAGAUCUCCAAGUGCAACCCCAGCCCACCCCCCACUGUGCCCACUGACCGCAUCUCUCAGUGCCACAGUCCCACAUUGAACCCUACCAGGGAUGGUGAUCCCACCACCUCCCCGGGCAGCUGUGCCAAUGCAGCACUGCUCUUUCUGAGAAGAAAUGUUUCCAAAUAUCCACAGAUCAUAUACCCCAGCUUUAUGGAGCAAAGCACUGAGUGCCUACAGGUAGAUUUGGAGGAGGGGCAUCACACCCACAUGUCCAGGUUGGGGCUGGGAGGUGAAGCCUACUGGAGCAUGGCCCCAGGCGCCAGGCAACUUUGGCAGUGGGUGCAGCAGGUCGGGGUGACAUUGCACACACCAGAAAGCAAACACUGCCUCUUUGGAGAUGGCUUUGGUUGCGUUCCUCCUCCUGUCAUGCCGCUCGUAUCAGGAAUCCCUCUAUAAAACCCAGGAUCUCCAGAGCUGCCCACUGUGGCCGUGCCAGACCUGCUUUGCUCUGAGUGUGCUGAGAUCUCCGCUCUUCUCCAGACAUGAGGCUGCUCUGCGUGCUCUUUGCUGUGCUCCUGCUCUUUUCCUUGGCCACCCCAGGGUAUGGGCAGCACAAGGGCACCUGCAAAGGGUACUGCGCCUCCGCAUGCAACAAAAAGGAUGAGUGGACGUUCCACCAGUCCUGCAAGAAGAUGUACUGCUGCCUUCCCCCUCCCAAAAAGGGAAAAUGAUGGCCAGCAGGUCCAGCAGUGGAGCAGGAGAGGCUCUGGCAGAGGAGCUACCAGCGCUGUGUUCAUUGAGUGACAGAUGGUGUUCUUCUGCUUUGAAAUAAAUACGAGUUGAUGUGAUUUCUGUGUGCUGUGUGGUUCGUACACCUCUGGGUAGGGGAACCAGGAAGGGC